AUGUUGAUCAAGGUCCGAACACUCACUGGCAAGGAGAUCGAGCUCGAUAUCGAGCCUGACUACAAGGGACAAUGUUGCUCGGAUAAAGGAGCGCGUCGAAGAGAAGGAGGGUAUCCCCCUGUCCAGCAGCGUCUCAUUUUCGGCGGAAAGCAGAUGGCGGACGACAAGACGGCAUCAGAAUACAACCUCGAAGGCGGAGCCACACUGCAUCUCGUGCUUGCCCUGCGUGGAGGAUGCGCUGCUGGGUCCAUGUAA